CAAAACGGAAUCCUUCUGUCAACUUCGGUGAACUCAACCCAUAGCUCCAAAAGGUCAUAAUGUGAUUGGGAGGUCCCAACUGCGCCGAAUUUUGGAGCAGAGAUCCUUUGAUUGCGCAACGGCUAGCUAUUUAAAAUCGACAAAGAUGAAAAAUAUGAAGUAAUGGUUUCCCUCUUUAUAGGGAAGGAAGCGGUAUGAAAAUCUAUUGUAAUGAAAGAGAGCAGCGGCAGAAAUAUGGCACCGUCUCCUUUGGGGCGGAAUGGAAAUGGCAUGAGGAGUCCCAUUGGCAGAUCUCGUUUGGCAGGUACAGAGCACCCCAUUGAAGUUGUGGGACGGAUCCGCCAAUGUCCUGGUGGAGGAGCAAAAGACAAGGCAAUUCAAGUGCUGCAGGGGCAGGGGCAGGGACAUCGCAUGCGGGUGAGAACGGAUUUGGGUUACAGGGAUUUCAGACUUGAUGGGGUUUCUGACGCCCAGAGCGAUGGGCUCUCUGCAUUUUACAAGAAAUUUGUGCAAGCAAGGGUUGAUAGUGUAAAAGCAGGUGGGAAAUGCACUGUUAUGAUGUACGGGCCUACUGGUUCAGGAAAGAGCCAUACCAUGUUUGGCUGCUCUGCCGAGCCCGGAAUCGUUUACAGGGCUUUGGACAGCAUAUUAGGUGGAAAUGAACACGAGGAAAAGGCAAAACAGGUCAAUGUCUCUGUCUUAGAGAUAUACAAUGAAGAGAUUUAUGAUCUGCUUGCCACUAAUGCCUCCAAGAUUAAUGGAUGCAGGGCAAGACUAGAAGUAAUGGGCAGAAAGGUGAAGAAUGCAGUCUUCAUCUCUGGCAGCAAUGCUGUAAAGAUUGCAAAUGAGGUCGCCAAAGUAGAGAAAAGAAGGGUUGUCAAGAACACACUUUACAAUGAUAGAAGCUCUAGAAGCCACUGUUUGAUAACUUUGGAUGUACCUGCCGUGGGAGGGAGAUUGAUGCUAGUAGACAUGGCUGGAUCUGAGAAUAUUGAUCAAUCUGGCUUUGCUGGGUUUGAGGCAAAACUUCAGACUGCUAAGAUCAAUCAAGGAAAUAUUGCACUCAAGCGAGUUGUUGAGGCCAUAGCAAAUGGAGAUACUCACGUUCCAUUUAGAGACAGCAGACUCACUAUGCUUCUUCAGGAUUCAUUUGAGGAUAAUGGAACAAAAAUUCUGAUGGUUCUUUGUGCUAGUCCUGAUCCACGAGACAUUCACAAGACUAUUGGUACCCUAGAAUAUGGUGCCAAGGCCAAGUGCAUUGUCCGCUGCUCCAGUUCCCCUUCAAAAGAAAAAGUCUGCUCUCAAGGCAUUGAUUCUACAGUCUUGGGAGCGCGCAUUGUUGCUAUGGAUGAGUACAUUUCAAAGCUUCAAAUUGAUAAUAAAUUGAAGGAGGAGGAGAGAGAAGCAGCCCAAAAUGAGCUGCUAAAGAAGGAAGAAGAAGUCACAAAACUCAGAGCAAAACUUCAAGAAAUUCAAGAAAAACAGUCAGAAAAGCAAAAGGAGAUUGAAUUAAAGGUUGAAGAAAAAGCUAGACUAUUAAAACUAGAACUGAUAGGAAAAUUUGAGGAGUGUCAGAAAUCAGCAAAUAUUUUUGUAGAAUUGGGUGAGAGGAAGAUGGAGCAAAAAAUUUUACAACAAGAAGAGGAGGUUGAAAUGUUGAGGCAUCGUUUGGAGGAAAUAGAAUCUGAGCUUAAGCAUAUCAAAAGCACUCCUUUUUCAAAUAACCUCGUAAGGAUGGAUGCAAGUAUUAAAAAUGAGAGAAUACCUGAUAACGUUAUGGCAGUGGAUUCGGUUUCCAGCAGCAUGAGAGUUUUAGAAGGAAUGCAUAUACAGCAAGAAAAAAAAAAUUUAUUGUCUCCUUCAGAAAAAGUGCACGUUGAAGUGUUCUCAGGUGAUAAAAUGAAACUUAACAGUUUAGACUUUCCUAGCAAAUCAAACAGAAAUAAGCCAGACAAUUUGAAGCGAAACACCAAAUUGGAUUCCAAGGAUCAAUAUGGAGAGAAUCUGACAAUAGUGGAUGACUUGGCAUUGUUGUCAGAUAAUGUCAGUAGUUCAUUUUGUACCCUUAAUAAAGAUGAAAAAGUCUUAAUACAUCAGCGGUUCCCUUUCCUGAAGUUGAACUCUACUGAUAGCACCGGCAGUGGUCACAAUAGUGAUAUGGAGGAGGAGGAUUACACAGAACCAACAAGAUCCAUGGAAAGAGGUAGGUUGUCAACUGUUUAUGAGGAAGAGGAAACAAAUAUUAGAGAUGAUGAAGUUCCAGAAGAAGAGGUUACUUCCCGCAACAGGAAUUGCAUCACAUCAGAGUUUGCUAAAACACAGAUCACAAGUGGUUGCAACGCAGAGGGUAAAACUCUUGGUUAUUUUGAGCCCAAGUUGCAGCAAGCGAGCUGUUUACCGAAUUCCACUAAAUUUCCCCUUGAUAACGAAGUUGAGAAGAGGGACUCUGAAAAUCAGUCAGGCAGUCUAAAUAAACCUGUAAUUUUUGAAGCUGAAACAAAUUUAAAUAAUGGGAAUACAAUAACAAGAUCAUUGGGGGGUUCAGAACAUCAGACUGAUGAAACUGUAUCCAGAAAGGCAUGCAUUCAAAAUAUGAGGGGCUCAGAACAUCAUAUUGAUGCAACUGUAUCCAGAAAGACACGCAUACAAAACAUCUUUUUGCUUUGUGGUAAUUCCAGAGAACUUGCUCAGCAAGCAAGAAAUACGCCUCCCCAUAAGCAAGAAACAUCAAAAGGAACUAGAGCAGGGUCUAGCUGGAAUAGCACUACCUUUUUUGACGAACCAAUUGAAAAUCUUAGCCCAGAGGUUGCAGGCUUAGUAACUCCAAGCUGCAAGAGCUCCUCCCCUCAAUAUGCUAAGUUGACCUUGUGGAGCCCUUCCCUGGAAGGAAAUACUAGAUUUGAAUUAAAAUAUCCAAGAUUGUUCACAACUGUUGAAACUGAGCUGGGGGUGCCAACUUCAAACAUUCUUAUUCUCAACAACCAAAAUAAAGUACCAUUGACAGAAGAAACUUGUUUUCAACAAGUGGUUUCAGGAAAGUGUCAUAGAGAUGACCAGAUCAAACAACAUAAACAAAGUAAAGAGAAUGAUAAAACCCAAGUGGAAGAGGAUGACAAGUGUGAUGUGCAUGUGGAGUGGGAAACAUUAAACGGAGCCUCAAGAAAAUUGCUUCAAAUCAUCAAAACGUCAAAGAGCACAUAUUUGACAGAUCUGCGAAAGAUGAUAGAGCCUCACAUUGGUGAGAAGCAAGAGUUCAUCUUUCUUAUGCUUGGAGACCCAAAUGGAGCUCCAGUUUCAAGAGAAAAUGAAGCAAGCAUCCAAAUAACAAGCCUUCCAGAUUGCCAAAACCAAUGUAACAGCCGUCUUGCAUGCUUACGUAAGUGCACUCAGUGCCUAAGAAAUCCCCAAGAAAUGCCUUUGAACUCACUUGAAAAUAAGCUGCCUCUGCCUUCUAGUAAAACAUGCAGCAACAGCUGCAUUCAAACUUCUAACUGUAGCCCUGCUACCUCAAACCCACCUGCCAUGACUGGAUACAAGGCUUCCCUGUUAAAAGGACUCAGACUAUAGAUUGAUUUAGUAUUGCAUCUUAGUGAUUACAAAGGAUCCUUCAACUGUUGUGAUAAAGAUUGCAAUCAUGUUGUCCUUCUAAGAGUGUAGGCACUGCUUACCUGCCAACAUUUUACUAUCAGGUGGUCCUAUAUUAUGCAAGCUUGUUACAUUUAUGACCUUGAUAACUACAUAGUUUCUUUUUUGUAAGAGAAACUGCAAUUAUUAGGUAAACCUUAUCAUCUCUAUAGUAGGUGCUAUGUAUAAUUUUUGUAAGGGGCUUACUAGAGUAUAUUCUAUGUAUAAUUUUUAUGAAUAGUGUACUGGGCUUAAAGUAUGUUCUGUUAGAAUAGUACAUUCAUUUUUUGUUAAAUUUAAAGCAUGGCGUUUUGGCCAAUGGGUAAGGUUAGGGUUCAACUUCUGCCAGCAUCCAACAAUCCCAUAAUGAGGGGAGAGCACUUGUCUGGUCCGAUGUUAGGGAGCCACCAAUGGCAGUGCAAUUGAUUGAUGGAUUGUGGGCAAAACUGUAGUUACCUGAUUUUGUUUCUUCCUAAUUCUUUUAUGAAGUGUAUUAAUAUAUACAUGCACUAAGUCUGUUACUCUUUUUUGAAGAUCAUCUCUAACAGAUACACUGUAUUACAUCUAGC